UUGCAAUUUUUCGACAAGUUUUAUGUCCGUAUUAUAGAAAAUAAGAAACGGCUGCAGAGCUUGUUCGAAGUAGACUACGUAGUGUACUACAGCGACAGAGCGAGAGAAUUUGAUGGUGUGUCUCAAUCGCGUUAGAUAGAGAAGAAACAAGCCCCAUCAGGUGGAUUUGUCUGACAGGACAAAAAGAAAGAGAAGAAGGGCAUGGAAAGAAUAGCCACAACGCUCCCCGCCAUCUUCGGAAUUAAACAUAAAAGGGGAGCCAUUGGUGCUGCCAGAAAUCAGACUAGCACACUACUUUUUAUGUUGUAUUAGAGCUAGCCAAAGAGCUGGAGAAAGAACAGGUGGAGGAGGAGAUAUAGAUUUUAAGAGAGGGAUCAUGGGGCAUCACUCCUGCUGCAAUCAGCAGAAGGUGAAGAGAGGAUUGUGGUCUCCAGAGGAGGAUGAGAAGCUUAUCAAAUAUAUUACCACUCACGGCUAUGGAUGCUGGAGUGAAGUCCCAGACAAAGCAGCUUUAAAUUGUAGAUGGGCUCACAUUGCAAGCCACCUACCCGGAAGGACAGACAACGAGAUAAAAAAUUAUUGGAAUUCUUGGAUCAAGAAGAAAAUAAGAAAGCCAAGCACAGGCACAUCAUCCUCUUCUCUAAGUCCCCAAUAUUCAAGCAUUCAAAUCCCACCAACAUUAACCCCCGCCUUGAAUCCCCUCAGCCAAUUCGAACCCCUUGCCAAUCAAACUAUGGCAAACUCCAAGUCUAAUGAGAACAACUCCAUCUUCCCAUCUUCCCCCAUCCCUCCCUUCUUGUUCGACUCCGAGUGCAGCGGUGCCACGGCAAGAGAUGAUCAUGAGCUCGUCCUGGACGUCGGAAACCUCAACUUAGUCGACGUUUGGAACACAAAUGACAGCCAGACUGAUCAUCAGACAUUAUCUCCCCUCUCAUGUUUCGUCGACCCGAAUUACUUGCCGCCUCUUGUCGACGGCAUGGUAGCCAUGGUUUCGCAUCCUGGCUGCAUCGGUGAGGAGUGUGAGCCUGGCUCCAGCCAGCAAUGUUUUGAAAAUAAUGAGUUAAGUCCGUGGAUUGAUACUCCGCAAUGCCCGGGCUUCUUCAUUUGGGACCAAGCUGUGGAAGGGCAGAUUGGAGGUGACGAUAUAACUGUCUCCCCUCCAAAAUCUAACAUCGAUGCAUCGGUUGACUCCUUUCCUUCCUCUUUGUGAAUAGGAUGGCUAUGGAAAAGCUCAACUCCAAAUGAUUUGAGCUAGCGCAUGACAUGUGACAUUUCUUUUGAGAAAUGGGACAUGUAUUACAUGGACCGGUUGAAAAAAAGUAAUCAGAAGUCAAUAGAAAUGAUAAACAUCGUAAACAGAGUUAAUAGAUUGUCAACACGUUGUGCAUCAUUUGCUCAUUUACAACAUUCUUCAUACUUUAGAGGCUAUGUUGGCAAAAUUCAAUUUGAUUGAAUAAGUCAAAAAAAAAAGUUA